AUGCGUGAUGCGGACGAUACUACAGAAUCUUUGUCUCUGGUAAACGAAUCGGAAAUGUUCGAUCAUAUAACCCACAAUCCAAAAGUGUUUUUUAAAAACCAACAAAUUAAUGAUCCUGAACUGACUGACAACGAGAAAGGAACGAUCUUGCGCAACGUACUCAACAAGAGCCAUUGUACGUUCCUGUCCCGGUUUGGGGUGUUCAUGAAGGACGAACAUUUGAGGUUUUUCGAGCAAGCCGAACAGACGCUCGGAUACAGCCCGGACGAGCGGUAUGAAAUCGACUAUCAUCUGGAUCGCAUCCGGAGGCUACGUAACGGAGGCCGCGCUGUGGAGGUACGCAAUCGACGGUACGCAGCUCUACUGAAAAUGUGCACGGAUGGAACGUACUUUAGCGAAACGGAAAUGAUGCAACGUGAACCGCUUUUGUAUGAGCAACUUGUGGGCCAGUUCAUGACAGAGCAGGAGAAACGUGAGCGAGAUGCCAGUGUAGCGGUACCGCGAAGCGUAGUCAGCAUCCUGUUCAAUCAGAUCGAUAAAGAGCAAGCGAAGGAAACGCUGCAUAAACUGGAAUCGGAGGAAUGCCGCCAGGAGCAAGGGACAGAUGAUUCCGAGGAAGCAGCCAACCUAACGCGUCCAAAUUCCCCAGGGGUGUCACGAGCACAGUGGGGAAACUUUGACGACGAAGAGGAGACACGGUUGGCCGCUCGUCGUCAAGAGUGCCAGAAGCGGGCAAGACAGCGCCGUCUCGCUAUACCUCCGAUACACCUGGUUACCGCAGGUGAACGCGAUUUGAUGCGGGAUGAGUUCAUCGGUAUCAUGUACGCUCGGUUCAUAGCUGGCGAGGAGGAGGAAUUCGAUUACUCGCAGGUGGACGAUUCGAUGGAAUACGACGAUCUCGAUAUCGUGGAACAGGAUGAGCAGGAGAAGUAUUUCGACAGAGACGAAGAACCAGAAACGGACGACCAGACGGUUGUCGGGGAUGGGGGAGAAGAAAGCGAGGAUGAUUUAGAUGUUUACAUGCGACAUUUGAAUCAACAUCUUGAGCAACAGGAAAGAACUGCUGAGAGGAACGAGAUCGUUCGCGAUCCCAUUUGUGAGUACGAUAGCGACGAAUGA